GUAGCCAAUCCGCAGGCGCGGCGGCGGCUGCGGGUCGUGGGUCGUGGGUCGGGGGUCGCAGGUCGGGGGGUCGCAGGUCGCAGGUCGCCGGUCGCCGGUCGCGGCGGAGCCUGGGCGCUGAGGUACCGGGGUCUGGACGAGGGGUCCGCGGUCUGGCUAGGGAGCCGCGCGGGCUCAUGGCGGUACGGCGGCCUGGCCUAGCUCGUGGGUUCGCAGGCGGGCCGCCCCUCCCCGGGCUCCUAGGGGGACCCUCCAGCUGAAGGGGCGGUGGCCGCGACUGUCGAGGGCUGGCCCCAGGUGGCUAGGGUUGGGGGUCAGAGGUCAGAGGUUCUGCCUUAUGGAAUGUUAGGGCCCCGCCCGUGGAGCCCUAGGGCCGGGCCGCUCCCCAUUUUCCUGUCAACUCUUGUUGAGGUGCCGCAUCUUUUCGCAGAAGGGACUCGGAGGGAAGCGGGCCUGAGAGCUGCUGCCGCCCCUGAGCUCGGCCGCGAAGGCUGGCCCCGUCCCCGGGCUGCCGCCGUGGUCCUGCAGGUGACCCUCAACCCCUCGAGGACCGCCGGCCGCCUCCCUCCUCUGGGCAGGCUCAGGAGUGCGCGGAGCGGGCUGUGGGUCUGUGGCCCUCGAAGGCGUGGCGUGGGCCGGGAGUAGGGGGUCGAGCUGGGGCCACAGGCUGUCCCCGUAUGGGCUGCUCCCCUGUGGCUCCGAAGCCACCUUUUUCUGAAGUUGUCGGCGUGUUCGAGAUUUCGUUUCUGGAAUCUCACCCGAACAACUUGGAGAGAGGAACAGGGGUGUUGUGGCUUUGGCUGUUGACUCAACGUGAAAAUAAAAACCAGACAUGGGGAAGUAAUGAAUGCAAAGUGACCCGUGAGCAAGCCGGACGGUUUUCUCCGGCUGACAGUGAAGAAAAUGAGGCACAAGGAAUUGUUAAGCAAGACCUUCCAAGGCCCAGCUGUUGUCUGUAGGACUCCGACCAGCCACGUAUACAUGUUUAAGAAUGGCAGUGGGGACUCGGGGGACGCUUCUGAAGAAGAGUCUCACCGUGUGGUUUUGCGGCCCCGCGGCAAGGAGCUCCAGAAGAGCGGUGUCCACCAGCCUCACCAGGCGGGAGCAGGUGACGUGGUGCUGCUGCAGCGGGAGCUGGCCCAGGAAGACAGCCUCAACAAGCUGGCUCUGCAGUAUGGCUGCAAAGUUGCAGAUAUCAAGAAAGUCAACAAUUUCAUCAGAGAACAAGACUUAUAUGCUUUGAAAUCUAUUAAGAUUCCAGUGAAAAACCAUGGGAUCCUGACAGAGACCCACAAAGAACUAAAACCCCUUCUGAGCCCAUCUUCCGAGACCACAGUGACCGUGGAACUGCCAGAUGCAGACAGAGCAGGUGCAGGCACCGAUGCCCAGGCCAGCCAACUGAUGGAUUUCUUUAAGGGGAUUGACCAGGACAUUGAGUGUGCAGUGCAGUCAGAAAUCUUUUUACAUGAAAGUUACUGCAUAGACACCUCCCAUCAGCCACUGCUCCCGGCACCUCCAAAGACGCCAAUGGAUGGUGCAGAUUGUGGCAUUCAGUGGUGGAAUGCUGUUUUCAUCAUGCUUCUAAUUGGUAUUGUCUUGCCUAUCUUUUAUUUGGUCUAUUUUAAAAUACAAGCUAGUGGUGAGACCCCUAAUAGCUUGAACACAGCUGUCAUCCCCAAUGGCUCAAUGGCAAUGGGUACAGUUCCAGGGCAAGCCCCCAGACUAGCAGUUGCAGUGCCAACCGUCCCUUCUGCAGACAGCCAGUUCAGUCAGACCACCCAGGCAGGGAACUAAGCUUUGUUUUUAAAGAAUCAGCCCAGCUUUAGCAAUUGGCUGUUGAUGUGCCUCAGCUGUCAUUGGCGAUGGCCUAGGGGUGCUGCAUUUUGCUUCCGGGGAAGGAUGGACACUUUUCAGAAGUCACUGCAGUAUUCUCAAUUGCACUGGCCCUGGGCAUGGCCUUACCCAGUCUAAGCCGGCAGGAUCUAAAACAGCAGCGACCUCAGCCUCUAUCCAGAGAGGUGCAGCAAGAGAGCCAUUUCCAUGUGACAUUUAGUGGACUGGCCAGUUCAUAGCAGCACUGUGUGGACCCCCAAGUUGGACGUGCUUGGAGGGAAAGAAAUGGCCUCUGUGAAGGGACCUGCAGUGUGAGAGCCAGUGGCAUCUGCAUGGGUUGCCUGGCUCUCGGUGUAUCCUCACUUGCUGUGGAGUGGGGAUUGGCUUUGAGAAGGAGUGUUCUCUGUCUGCCUGGCAAAGGUGCUGUGGAAUAGUCUUGGCAUGCCACCCUGUUUUAGAGAGUGACAGUUACAAUUGUAACAAGCCUACUUCAUAUUGGCCCCCUCAGUUAGCCUUUUUGAGGCAAUGCCAUUUCUAGAGUUGAUAAAGCCCUGGACCCAAACUGCUGCACUGUUGAAUAAAGGGCAGUCCUGCUCCUGUCCUUUUAGAGCUGCUUAGUGUGACACACAGGCAUCUCCCAGGCCAAGCACACACAGGCUGUGCCCAGUUCCGCAGGAGCCGUCCCACAGUGUGGCUGUCUGGAUUCUCCCACUUGUCCUCCUUGGAAGGAGCUCUUGCAGGCCAGUGUUUGGAGGGGAGGAUGAGUGCCUGUCACUGAGGCUCCACCAUGGUUGGCAUCUGAAGCUGGGCAUUCGUCAGGCCUGUGCUGAGAGCCGCAGCCCCUGUGCACACCUAACACAGGGCGCUCCCCCUGCUGCUUCCCUGGCUCACUUCUUCGGAGCUCCAGAGUGAGAAGGCUGCUUCGUCCUUUUUCUCUGGGUGAUGCCCUUAACACUAUAUACAAUGUAACUCACAAUGUUCCAGGACCAAAGGCUUGAUGGAGGGGCUAGAGGUGACCCUUGUUGUUAAAGGCGAUCAGAACACCUGAGGGAGGAAGAGGCUUGCAGUUUUCCCAGCCCUUCCUGCUGCCAAGGCAGCAGUGGUGCUGUGGAUGGGCUGGGGACUGCUGGGCAGAGCCUGCUACUGCGUGGGAGUUGGUGCUGCCCUGUGGCAUGGAGCGGUGGGAGGCGCUGAGGUGGCUCUUGGCCCGGCCUCCAAGAGUUCUGGACAGGAGGCAGACACUGCCCAGAUGCUGGGUGGAGGGACAGUGAUGGCCUUUGACGCAUGAGGCCUGGAGAAAAGUUUCAAAGGUCUCACCAUGUAAAGAGUGAUUUCCAAUUUCUCUCCUUUCAGUUGUGUGAAAAAAACAACUGGCCUGGGUUCCAUUAGCAAAUUAAACCAUCUUCAAUCUUAAAUUAGAGACCAGAAUGAUCUUCAGGAUGGAAAGAACUUCUGAAUCUCUGCAAUAGGAAAUGUUUUGAUCAUGCAAGUGCUUUUCCAGCCAAAUGUCUGUGCUCUCCCUGUCACUGAGGGCCACAGGUUCUUCUAACAUCUGCCACUGGCACUUCACCAGGCAGGCCUUGGAGUUCCAUGACAGAAUCACUUUUGUCAGACAAAGAAUGUAUCCUUUGCUUUUCUCAAAUGGAAUAAAAUCAUUUCUUCUGUGAAGGAAAA